AUGGCUCACACAGAGAAAAAGCCCUGGAUCGAGACUCCAUUGAUCGAGUCGACCACUCUUUCGAAAACAGCAGGAUGCAGAGUAUUUCUCAAGCUGGAGCUCCUGCAGCCGUCUGGCUCCUUCAAAUCUCGAGGAAUUGGCAACCUCAUCAGCAACGCCCUACAAGAUCCAGCCAAUGCAGGAAAACAGCUGCAUUGCUAUAGCUCCUCCGGCGGAAAUGCCGGUCUAGCAGCUGUUUACGCGGCUAGGGACCUUGACUGUCCCUGUUCAGUGAUUGUCCCGCAUUCGACGAAGCCAAUGAUGAUUCAAAAGCUGCGUGAUGCUGGCGCAACAGAUGUAAUCCAGCACGGCGACAGCUGGUUCCAGGCCGAUACGUAUCUUCGGAAGACAUUUAUCGAGAACCAGGAUGAUUGGGCGGAGACGAGGAGUGUCUAUGUCCCGCCGUUUGAUCAUCCGGAUAUCUGGCAGGGGGCUGCGACGAUGGUUGAUGAGAUCGAGAGACAGAUGCCGGCUCGAGAGGAAGGUGGGUUCCCCGCGGAUGUUGUCGUUUGCAGUGUCGGUGGAGGGGGACUUUUCAAUGGUGUUGUUGAGGGAUUGGGUCGGCAUAUGCAGUCUCGACAGGAUGGAGAGAAAGUCCGUGUUCUGGCUGUUGAGACAAAGGGAGCGGACUCGCUUGCUCUUGCCAUCAAAAGCGGGGGUCUGAAGUCGCUUCCCGCUAUCACGUCUCUCGCGACCUCUUUGGGAGCGCUGCAGGUUGCACCGCAGACACUGAAGAAUGCGCAGUCGCCACCUGCUGGGGUAGAAGUCUCGAGCGUUGUCGGGUCAGAUGCAGAGGCUGCUCGUGGGUCGAUUCGCCUGGCGGAUGCCCUGCGGUUGCAGGCCGAGUUGGCCUGCGGUAUCAGUGUUGAAGUUGGAUCGUCGGCGGCGAGGCUUAAGGAGUUUGUUCCUGAGCUUACGCCUGAGACCCGGGUCGUUGUCAUCGUCUGCGGUGGGAGCAAUAUCACUGCAGAGAUGCUUGCUCAAUACCGCGAGAAGCUGCAGGAAGGCUGGUCGUGA